AUGAGGAAAGAACAAAACACUCGACGGCUCAAUGUGGCAGACACUGAAGAUGCAGAGGAUGAUGAGGCUCACAUAUACAUGGUGAAGAGCUCAGGUGCAGUUCAAGGAUGUGGAAAAAAAUGGUUUGCCAAUAUCAAGAUGAACGGAGUGUUUCAAAGAUGCCAGCUGGACACGGGCGCGACAUGCAAUGUGAUGAGCUUAGCAGACAUGAGGAGGCUGGCGCCCGGGACGAAACUACUGCCCAGCCAAACCAGGUUGGUUCUGUACUCUGGCCAAUCAAUUCGCUCUUAUGGCAUUUUCAAAACGGAGAGUGUAGUGAAAGGGAAAGCCCAUGAGCUGACAUUCGAGAUAGUAAAGAGCAGGCAAAGGCCGCUGCUGUCGGGUGACACCUGCGAGCGACUCGGGUUGGUGCAGUUCACCAUCCCAGAGGAGCUCCUAGUGGUAGGGCAUAGCAGCCCAGUGCCACUAACCAGACAGCACUUCGUGCAGACUUACAACGACGUGUUCAAUGGCCCAGUUGAAUCACUCCCAGGGGAGGUUCAUUUUGAGCUAGACAAAAAUGUACCUCCGGUGCAGGCUUCCCCACGCAACGUGCCAGUGGCGCUAAAGGAUGCGUUCAAGGAACAGUUGGACAAGUAUGAAAGAGAGGGUCACCUGGUCUCUGUGUCAGAUCCAACAGAGUGGAUUAGCAACAUGGUAAUUGUCAGACAGCCAGAGAAGCUGAGGAUAUGCAUAGACCCCAAGGCACUAAAUGCUGCGUUGAAGAGGUCGCAUUAUAUAAUGCCGACACUCAAGGAUGUGCUACACAAACUGCCCAAGGCUCGCAUUUUCACCCUUGUAGAUGCACGUGACGCUUUUUUGCAGUGUAGACUGGAUGAAGAAAGCAGCUACACAACCACUUUCUGGACACCCUGGGGCAGGAAACGCUGGUUAAAACUGCCAUUUGGAGUGUCAGUGGCCCCAGAAAUAUACCAGCUAAAGCAGCACGAGCUACUAUCGGGGCUCAGCGGGGUGGAGCCAAUCGCAGACGACAUACUCAUCGUCGGCUGUGGAGAGUCGGAUGAAGAGGCCAUACAGGACCAUGAUGCAAAGCUAAUAGCACUCAUGGAGAGGUGCAGGGAGGUCAAGCUGCGGCUGAGUCUAAAGAAAUUGCAGUUCAGAGUCAGAGAAGUCAGGUUCCAUGGGCACAUUCUAUCGGCAGACGGGCUCAGAGCGGAUCCAGAGAAAAUCAGGGCAGUUCAGCAGAUGCCACACCCCACAGAUGCCAAGGGGGUCCAGCGAUUCAUAGGCUUCGUUACAUACCUGGCGAGGUUCAUGCCACGGCUCUCUGAGAUAUGCGAGCCCCUACGGAGGCUGUUGGACAAAGACGUCCCAUGGCAUUGGCUACCCAAGCACGAUGCUGCAGUUGAGGAGAUCAAGCACCUCAUCACCACAGCUCCAAUCCUCAAGUACUAUGACAUGGCCAAGCCAGUGACCAUACAGAGUGAUGCGAGCCAAAAGGGCCUUGGCUGCUGUCUGUUCCAGGAAGGCCUGCCAGUGGGGUAUGCGUCAAGAGCACUGACUCAAGCGGAACAAAAUUACACACAAAUCGAAAAGGAGUGCCUGAGUAUCGUCUUUGCAUGCCAGCGCUUCCAUUAUUACCUGUAUGGCCGUGGGGAGAUCACGGCAGAAACCGAUCAUAAGCCACUCAUUGCCAUCUUCAGUAAGCCCCUCCUUACUGCGCCCAAGCGGCUCCAGAGCAUGCUGCUCUCACUCCAGAACUACAACCUCAGGGUUGUGUACAAGCCAGGGCCAGAUAUGCAUAUUAGUGACACAUUAAGCAGAGCCACGGCCUCACCACAGGGGACAGACACAGAGUACAAUAGACACACGGUCUGCAGCCUGCAGAGGGUGCAGGAUGAUGCACAACAUAUCAACCAGGCAGGCUAUUUGAAUGUCACCAACCGGCGCCUGACUCAGAUCAGACAACACACUGCUGCGGACGAAACCCUGCAAUUGUUGACAGCGGCAGUGCUACAGGGAUGGCCAGAGCUGAGGGAGGACACGCCACUGACCAUCAGAGAAUACUGGACGUUCAGGGACGAGAUCAGCGUGCAGGAUGGAGUACUUUUCCGGAGCCAGCGGGUGAUCAUCCCAAAAUCAUUGCGUGCAGAAAUGUUGACGCGCAUACAAGCCAGCCAUGUGGGUGGAGAUGCCUGUUACAGGCAGGCAAAGGAGACACUGUAUUGGCCCAACAUGCAAGGUGAGAUCAAAGACCAUGUCAGCCAGUGCUCAGCAUGUAAUGAAUAUGCACACGAGCAACAGAAAGAGACGAUGAUGUCGCAUGCACUUCCAACAUGGCCAUGGCAGAUCCUCAGCAUGGACUUAUUCAAACAAGCAGGCAAAGACUUCUUGCUCAUGGUUGACCACUACUCAGACUUCUGGGAGAUUGAACUGCUCCCAGACCUCUCAUCUGAAACCACAGUGCGGAGAUGCAAGGCACAGUUUGCUCGACACGGACAGCCUGAUCGAGUGAUAACAGACUGCGGUCCUCAGUUUGAUUGUGAGACAUUUAGGAGGUUUGCAAGAGAAUGGGACUUUGACCAUGUCAAGUCUUCACCAAGGCACCCGAAAUCUAAUGGCAAAGCCGAGUCAGCUGUGAAGAUUGUAAAAAACUUGUGCAAGAAGGCAGCUAGUGCGGGUGGUGACCUAUGGUUGGCCAUCUUUCAGUGGAGGAACACACCAACAGAGGGCAUGCAUAGUAGUCCAGCACAGAGACUGAUGUCUCGAAGACUAAGAACCCCACUACCUGUCACUGACACACUUCUUGGGCCAAGGGUGGUCACUGGAGUUCCAGAGCAGCUGAGGACAAAACACCAGACAGCCAAGUUCUGGUACGACAGGGCGGCCAGGGACCUUCCUGAGCUGUGUAUUGGCGAGGACAUAAGGAUGAAGCCCCUGCCUGGAGACAGGACCGGUAAAUGGAGGCGGGGAGUUUGCCUGCAACUAGUCGGUCCCAGGUCAUACCUCAUGGACGUCGAGGGGACCCUUUACCGGCGCAACCGUGUGGACCUGCGGCCAGCAGAAAGAGUAGUGACCAGCCCUGCUCCUGGGCAACAGCAUAUGCAGCACAGCAGCCCAUCCGUUAACCGACAACCUGACAUGACGGAUCACAACACUGGUGGUGUCACGGGGGUCCAGGAAGUCACUCCCGUCAGGCCACUCCGGUGA